AUGGCAGCGAAUUUGCAGCCGUUGGCGUCUCUGGCGAACAUUGAGCGCACUCCAUCGCGUGAAGAUGGUAUUCCGCAGGAACUCGAGGAAGACUUGCGCGCAUAUGGGUGUAAACUCAUCCACCAGGCUGGGAUCUUGUUGAAGCAGAAGCAGGUAGCCGUCGCAUCUGCGCAAAUACUCUUCCAGAGGUUCUGGUUUGUGUCCUCGAUGAAGCAGUAUGGGAUUGGGGACAUGGGUAUGGGGGCACUAUUCCUCGGCUCCAAGCUCGAAGAAUGCCCAAUCCGCAUGCGCGACAUCAUCAACGUCUACGACGUCCUUUUGCAACGAGAAGAGCACUCGAUCAGUUCUAAGAGCCAUACGCCCUUCAAGUAUUCUCCCAUGUCGUACUUUGGCAACACGUUUUACGAGCUCAAGGAUGCACUUGUCGUUGCGGAAAUGCAAUUACUCCAGCGCUUGGGCUUCAACGUGCACGUCGUCCUGCCCUAUGGUUCCCUCGUCAAUUACCUCCGCGUUCUUGGCUUGACAAGUCGCGCGGACGCGGUCACGAAGGCUUGGGGAUACCUCAAUGACGCUCACCAAACGGCCGUCUAUGCCCUCUAUCCCGUUCCCACUAUCGUUUCCGCAGCCAUCCUCCUCACCUCCCGCGACCUACAUAUCCCCCUGCCUUCCGAGCCACCCAACGCCUGGUGGGAGCUCUUUGACGCCGAAUGGGUCGACAUCUGGGCGGUUUGCGGGCAUAUUAUACGCCUGUACCGUCAACGACCAGAGGGGGAGCGCGAACGACUGGCGGGCAUGGUGACGAAGAAGGGCGUGCGGCAGUGGUUGCAGGAUUACGCGGCGGAUGGGACGGCGUGA